AUGGAUCGAAUUCCGCCCUCCUCUUCCUACCCCACGCCUGGGUCCGCGGGCCCAAUCCCCUCCACGAUGCCCUCCGCAGGCCAUCUCGCACCGCUCUCCACCGUGCACGAAGGUCGCAUUUGGUCUCUACAAGUGGUACAACAGCCGGUUCGCGCCCGUAUGUGUGGUUUUGGUGACAAGGACCGACGACCUAUUACGCCUCCACCAUGCAUCCGUCUAAUUGUCCGCGAUGCCCAAACAGAAAAGGAGAUCGAUAUCAAUGAGAUCGAUACGUCCUUUUACGUCCUCAUGGUCGACUUGUGGAAUGCGGAAGGGACGAGUGAGGUCAAUCUGGUGAAGCACUCGGCUACAUCUCCCUCGAUAUCUACUGCGAUGUCCUCCUCAUACCCACCACCAGUGCAGAACGUCUCCCCGUCAUACCCUCCGUAUGCGCAAAAUGCCUAUGGCCAGCCCGUCGGAUAUCCGCACAUGAACAACUAUUACGCAGGAAACCCCCAACUUCAAUACCAAAAUCCUUAUGGAGCCAACCCGCAAGCUCAAUCCUACUACCCCUACUACCCGGGAAGCCACAUGCCACCCGCCAACAUCUCGCCAGCGCAGCCUGUUGCGCCCGGUCAAGGCGGCAUGUUUACGCGAAACCUCAUCGGCAGUCUUAGCGCUAGCGCGUUCCGACUGACUGAUCCGGAGAACAAGAUCGGUGUCUGGUUUAUUCUACAAGACUUGAGUGUACGGACAGAGGGAUCUUUCCGCCUCAAAAUGAGCUUUGUCAACGUGGGCACUCAAUCCGGCGAAUCUCCCAAUGGUGUGUCUGUGAUCAACCACGGGUCCGCGCCUGUGCUGGCAUCGGUCUUCUCCGAGCCCUUCCAUGUAUUCUCCGCGAAGAAAUUCCCGGGUGUCAUCGAAAGCACGCCGCUCAGCAAAUGCUUCGCGCUCCAAGGCAUCAAGAUUCCAAUCCGCAAGGACGGCGUCAAAGGAUCGCGUGGGCGGCACAGUGAUAAUGACGAUGGUGGAGACGACUACGACUAA